ACCAGUUUCCAGGGGAACAGUCUUGAGGAUACCAGUCCUCUGGAGACAGUUGUCCAGGAAACCAGUAUGCAGGAGAACAGUGUCCAGGAUAGUGUUGCGGAAGAAAGACACCUUGACUGUGCUGACUGGGUGGCGACAGAGCUACGAGAGCUGAAGAGACAAGUAGAGGAGGGGAAGGUCACAGAGCAAGAGCUGAGAGAGAUAGUGUCCACACUGAAGAGACAAGUAGAGGAAGGGAAGGUCACAGAGCAAGUGGCGUUUGAGGCAGCACUUGGCCCUGGAGAACACCGGGGUCCAUUCAACACUGAGAUCACUAUUGUCUACCCGAAAGUAUUUGCAAAUGCAGGACAUGCCUACAGCCCCACAACAGGUAUCUUCACAGCACCGGUGAAAGGAGUCUACUACUUCAGCUUCUCAGGCCACAACGUGUCGUCAAAGCCCAUGGCUCUCCGCCUGAUGAAGAAUGGCCAGCAAAUGGUGACAAUGGUCAAUCAUGUAGCAGGCAACCGCUAUGAGACAGGAACCAACGGCAUGAACCUGCUGCUGCAGAAGGGAGACCAAGUGUAUAUGAGACUGAGGGCCAACACUUGGAUUUUUGAUAACGGAAACAUGCAUAGCACCUUUGUUGGCCAUUUGCUCUUUCCCCUGUGAGACAUGGCUUGUAGGCUCAUGGGCUAAUUACAUCUAAUCAUUAUUUUUAAAAGUUAGCAUUCAUGGUUCAUUAUUUUGUGUGCAUGUACAUAUACAUGAACAAUUUUUCUUUCUGACAAUGUGCUCUUUUCGUAAGUCAGUAAA